AUGGCUACUCCCAAGAUAACGCUCUACCUCGACGUUGUGAGCCCUUUUGGGUAUCUGGCCUACUAUGUUUUGAGGCACUCCCCAAUCUUCCGUCCCUGCGAGAUUGAAUACGUCCCCGUCUUCCUGGGAGGCCUCAUGAAAGCCUGCAAUAACAGACCACCCCUGGAGAUAAAGAACAAGAACAAAUGGAUCGGCAAAGAACGCCUUCGAUGGGCUUCCCUCUUCAACAUCCCCAUAACCCGCACCAUGCCUCCGAAUUUCCCCCCUCUCACCCUCCAGGUCCAACGUGUUCUCACCGCCCUCCAACUAUCCUCUCCAUCCUCCCUCCCAACCGCCCUCGACGCCCUCUACCACUGUUUCUGGGUAGAAGGCACCCCUGACAUCAACAAUCCUAGUACGUUCGGCCCAGUACUGGAGAAAGCCUUGGGAAAGGAGCUUGCAGUGAAGGUCAUGGAGGACGGGAAGGAGGACAAUGCGAAGAAUAAGUUAAAAGAGAACACGGAUAGGGCUUUUGAGGGUGGUGCGUUUGGAAUGCCAUGGUUUGAAUGUGUGAAUAGGAAAGGGGAAACGGAAGGCUUCUGGGGAUUUGAUCACUUGGGGCAGGUGGUCAGUUUCUUGGAACUGAAUGGUGAAGGAGGUGGGAAGGUGGAGACAGGGUUGGUGGAGGGGAUGAAGGCGAUGCUAUGA